CUCUUCUGGGUGGGGGUGCAGCUCAGUGGUAAAGCACCUAGCAUUUGCUGGAGGCAGGCAUGGCCAAGCAGUACGACUCAGUGGAAUGCCCGUUUUGCGAUGAGGUCACCAAAUACGAAAAACUUGCCAAGAUCGGCCAAGGCACAUUCGGGGAAGUGUUUAAAGCCAAGCACCGUCAGACGGGCCAGAAGGUGGCUCUGAAGAAAGUGUUGAUGGAGAAUGAGAAGGAGGGGUUCCCUAUUACAGCCUUGCGGGAAAUCAAGAUUCUACAGCUCCUGAAACACGAGAAUGUGGUCAACCUAAUUGAGAUUUGUCGAACCAAAGCUUCCCCCUAUAACCGUUGCAAGGGCAGUAUCUAUCUGGUGUUUGACUUCUGUGAGCAUGACCUUGCUGGGCUGCUGAGCAACGUCUUAGUAAAGUUCACGCUGUCUGAGAUCAAGAGGGUGAUGCAGAUGCUGCUGAACGGCCUCUACUACAUCCACAGGAACAAGAUCCUGCACAGGGACAUGAAGGCGGCCAACGUGCUCAUCACCCGGGAUGGGGUCUUGAAGCUGGCAGAUUUUGGGCUGGCCCGUGCCUUCAGCCUAGCCAAGAACAGCCAGCCCAACCGCUAUACCAACCGAGUGGUGACAUUGUGGUACCGGCCCCCAGAGCUGUUGCUCGGAGAGCGGGACUACGGCCCACCCAUUGACCUGUGGGGUGCUGGGUGCAUCAUGGCAGAGAUGUGGACUCGCAGCCCUAUCAUGCAGGGCAACACGGAGCAGCACCAGCUUGCCCUCAUCAGCCAGCUCUGUGGCUCCAUCACCCCAGAGGUGUGGCCAAACGUAGACAAGUAUGAGCUGUUUGAAAAGCUAGAACUGGUCAAAGGCCAAAAGCGGAAGGUGAAGGACCGGCUGAAGGCCUAUGUACGUGACCCCUAUGCUCUGGACCUCAUUGACAAGCUGCUGGUGCUGGACCCUGCACAACGAAUUGACAGUGACGACGCCCUCAACCAUGACUUCUUCUGGUCAGACCCCAUGCCCUCAGACCUAAAGGGCAUGCUGUCUACCCACUUGACGUCUAUGUUUGAGUAUCUAGCACCACCACGACGAAAGGGUAGCCAGAUCACCCAGCAGUCUACCAACCAGAGCCGAAAUCCAGCCACUACCAACCAGACAGAAUUUGAGCGUGUCUUCUGAGGCAGGCACUAGGGCUCUUCUUAGGUUGGUGGUAGAUUGCUUCCUCUGCUAUGUGACUUACAUGGGACAUGUGACAUGAUGGGACGUUUGAGAUUUUUCUCCUCCGGUACAUAUUUACUCCCCACCCUGGGUACUGGGAACAGCUGCCUGAGUGGACCUGGAGUGGAGUAUUGGCUGUGAGACCCGGAGGGUGCCAGGGCCAGCCUGCCUGCCUGCCCCUCUCUGGAGGGUCUCAGCUUGGACAGGAAGUGAGGUGGUAAAGGCCUCACCCACUGUGACUUUCUAAGAACUCCUGGCACGAUGGGAGGAGGGCACAGGCCCCUCACCAUUCCCAGCCCUGCCUGGGGAUGAGAAAUUUGAGGGACAGAGGCACCUCAGAAAUGGGCUACUUUUGGCAGACCUCGAGCAUGGGGCUGAUAAGAACUCUUGUUUUCUUCAAAAGGAGAAUUUUAUCGUGUUUGUUCAGUUCAGAGACAUUCCUGAAUGCAGUUUGAUUGGUUAAAAUUAAAAGUUAAAUUUUUUUUCAGUA